GAGCUGGCUCUGAUCCCUGCUGCUAACUGGCUUAUUCUUCCCCAGGCACAAGGAUGGUGAGACUGCCCAUGGCCAUGAGCCCUCCUCCGUGCUCCUGGGGCUGAGGCUGGGGCUGGCAGCCAUGGGGCUGGGUCGGGCCCAGGCCUGGCUGUUGGAUCUGCCCAUGGCCGUGGUCUAUGGCUCCCUGGCCCUCUUCACCUCCAUCCUGCACAAUGUGUUCCUGCUCUACUAUGUGGACACCUUUGUCUCAGUGUACAAGAUCAACAAAACGGCCUUCUGGGUUGGAGAGACGGUGUUUCUCCUCUGGAACAGCCUCAAUGACCCCCUCUUCGGCUGGAUCAGUGACCGGCAGUUCCUCAGCUCCCAGCCCUGCUCAGGCACCGGACUGUCUUCGAGGGCUGUGGUGCUAGCACGGGUACGGGCACUGGGAUGGCAUGGGCCGCUGCUGGCGCUGUCCUUCCUGGCAUUUUGGGUUCCCUGGGCCCCAGCUGGUCUGCAGUUCUUGCUGUGCCUGUGCCUCUACGAUGGCUUCCUGACACUCGUGGACCUGCACCAUCAUGCCUUGCUGGCCGACCUGGCUCUCUCGUCCCAUGACCGCACCCACCUCAACUUCCACUGCUCCCUCUUCAGUGCCGCUGGCUCCCUCUCUGUCUUUGCCUCCUAUGCCUUUUGGAACAAGGAAGACUUCUCCUCCUUCCGUGCCUUCUGCGUGGCACUGGCUGCCGGAUCUGGGCUGGGCUUUCUGGGGGCCACGCAACUGCUGAGGCGGCAGGUUGAGGCGGCCAGGGGGGACCCAGGGUGCUCAGCCCUGGCCGUGGAUGGAGGCCUGUGUGGAAAGGAGCUGCUUGUGGGCAGCGAGGAAGCGGGCAGCAUCACCUUGGGCCAAUACCUCCAGCAGCUGGCACGCCACCGGAACUUUCUGUGGUUCGUGGGCAUGGACCUGGUGCAGGUCUUCCACUGCCACUUCAACAGCAACUUCUUCCCCCUCUUCCUGGAGCAUCUGUUGUCCGACCACAUCUCCCUCUCCAUGGGCUCCUUCCUGCUGGGCAUCUCCUAUGUCGCUCCCCAUCUCAACAACCUCUACUUCCUGCCCCUGUGCCAGCGCUGGGGCGUCUACACCGUGGUGCAGGGGCUCUUCCUGCUCAAGCUGGGCCUCAGUCUGCUCAUGCUGUUGGCUGGCCCAGACCACCCUGGCCUGCUCUGCCUCUUCAUUGCCAGGUAUGCCCCCGCCCACCCUCACCCCCACAAUUCUGUCCCAUCCUUUCACUGGUGCCCAUGCUCUCUCUCUGCUGGCAGCAACCGUGUUUUCACUGAGGGCACCUGUAAGCUACUGACCUUGGUGAUCACUGACCUGGUUGACGAGGACCUGGUGCUCAACCAUCGCAAGCAGGCGGCCUCGGCGCUCCUCUUUGGCAUGGUUGCCCUGGUGACCAAACCAGGCCAGACCUUUGCCCCGCUGCUGGGCACCUGGCUGCUCUGCUUCUACACAGGUGAGGGCCUGGGAGGCACAGCUUACCUGGCACAGAAGCUGACAAGCCUGGGCUCUGGGUCCAGUGAGGGAGAGAAUGGCAACCAG